AUGGGGAAGAGCGACUUUCUCGCAAAGUUUGAAGAGAUGAAGGAUGGGACGUUUACGCCUAAGGACCAGUCCCAGAAUUGGUGCCGGCAUUUUGGAGUGAAGAAGGACAAGAGGCUGCACCUGUACCCCGAAGAGAUGCUGUACUUGUACGACAGAAAUCCUAAAGAAGAAUACUCGGUGAGAACAAAGGCAUACUUCUUUAUCAGAAACAACUGCUACAACCUUCUUCUCGGAGAGGACGGUAGAUUUCUUCUGUACAGGAGGCAUAAGAACUUCAAUAGAAAGAAGGAUAAGCCGAUCUGCUUGAUGAGAUAUGUACACAGGGAUGAGUGGAUGGAAGAUUCAACCAAAGACAUUGUCGAUGAGUCUUUCUGUGUGCUAUCUGAUGAUGUGUUUACCUUUCUGAGGAUCCGAAAAGUCUUAAAGCUUGGGAUGGACACUCCUGAAAAUUUGAGGAAAUGGGAUGGAGAACCCUUUUGA